UCAGCUGUUUUUGCUGCCUUUUCGCAAUCGCAGUUCUCAGAAAGAAUAACAAUGCUAAUACUGCGUUGCAGAUUCCUAGCAAACCUAAAAACAGUUGGUUUUCCAAAACCAUUUUGUCGUUUUUUGCAAUACAAUCAAGGACAGUCACCGGAGCCGAAAAUUCGCGAAUACUUUUACUACAUCGAUCAUGAGGGAAUGCUCUUUUUGGACGAUGCGAAAAUGAAAAACUUUACCAGUUGCUUUAAGGAGAAAGAUUUCCUCAAGUUCUUUUUCAACCGUCUGCGACUGAACAAAACCAACAGAUAUGAACGCGACUUUCCCUACAUUUCCCUUUGUGGACGGGAAAGGAAUUUCAUUCGAUGCGAUGACACGCCUCUUGUGUUCACAGAACAGCUCAAAAAGGAUGAAACAGAGGUGCUGAGCUAUGCGCAUUCGGGUCAGGUCCUAACUCUUCCCUACGAACCCCACAAGCUGUACAUGGACCCGCGCAAUGGAAGGGUCUACCAUCCAGCGACGCCACAGGUGGGCGGCAUAGGCCUGGUCCGCUCCAAACUGGCCAUAGAACUGAGCCAGCACUUUGAAUUUCCGGCUGGCGAGGCUUCCCCCACACACUUUCGAUGGAACGGAGAGCGACUGAAGCUGGAGAACGACUGGGUUAGCAACACCCAGCGAUUCCCCUUGAACGAGGAGUGUAUAUAAUCGAAUAACUUUAAUGGAUUAAAAUUGAGUACUACGUCUAUAACUUA